ACCAAGGGGGAAAUGCCUCGGUACUUUGAUGGUUUAUGCACACCACCUCAUGCCAUUGAUUCAGGCCGUCGGUUAUUCCGCACUGUGAUUACUUUCGACUCCCUUUUCUCAUCAUUGUCUUCUUCUUCUCUUAAACAAGUCGUCCUUCUUCUCGUUCCGGUUGACAAUCUUCCUCUCGCACAGCGAAAUCUCUGAAACUCCCCAUUCUCGAACGAUCCGUGUCCGCGUACGACCGCCACGACCUUCUAGAAACCCUCACCACCUAUCCCUUCAUCCACUAGAUCCCAUACACAUUUCAAGAUGGCGUCUCCUCAAAAGAUCAGAACCACUACUACCGAUCUGCUCAAGAUCAAGCACCCAGUCCUACUGGCGGGUAUGAACGUGGCCGCUGGCCCCAAGUUGGCUGCUGCGGUCACCAACGCAGGCGGUCUCGGUGUCAUUGGCGGUGUCGGAUACACCCCAGACAUGCUCCGAGAACAAAUCGCAGAAUUGAAGGGUUACCUCAAUGACAAGAACGCUCCUUUUGGCGUUGAUCUACUCCUGCCUCAAGUAGGUGGUAGUGCCAGAAAGACAAACUAUGAUUACACAAAGGGCAAACUUGGUGAAUUGGUCGAUAUCAUCAUUGACUCUGGAGCCAAGUUAUUCGUAUCUGCUGUUGGUGUACCACCCAAGGAAGUUGUCGACAAGCUACACAGGAAUGGUAUACUAUACAUGAACAUGAUCGGCCACGUCAAGCACGUGAAGAAGUGUCUCGAACUUGGAGCCGACUUGAUUUGCGCCCAGGGAGGUGAAGGUGGCGGCCACACUGGUGAUAUCCCCACUAGCAUUCUCAUCCCGGCCGUCGCGAAGCUCUGCGCAGAGGCACCCCCCUCAAAAUUCACCGGCAAGCCCGUCCAACUGAUCGCCGCCGGUGGCAUGUUCAACGGCCAAUCCCUGGCCAGUGCCUUGAUGCUGGGCGCUUCCGCGGUCUGGGUCGGCACUCGGUUCGUCCUCUCCGAGGAAGCCGGUGCCCCCAAGGCUCACCAGGAGGCCGUCCGGACCGCCGGCUUCGACGACAACGUCCGCACCAUCAUCUUCACCGGCCGACCCCUGCGUGUCCGCAACAAUGAAUACAUCAAGAACUGGGAGGAGAACAGACAGGACGAGAUCAAGACCCUUACCGGCAAGGGUGUCAUUCCGGUUGAACAUGACUUUGAAGAAAAGGGCGAUGACCUGACGGACGAGGAUAUGGAGAAUGCCCGACCCUUCCUCAUGGGCAAGGCCGCCGCCGUGGUCAAUGAGAGAAAGUCUGCACGCGCAAUUGUCGAUGAGUUUGUCAAUGAUGCUGUCAAGUGCAUGCAAAACGGUAACUCCCUGAUCAUUUCUCAAAGUAAGCUAUAGGGUAGAGAGUGGUAGGCAGCUGUGGUGUAAAUUCUAGUUCAGCUACUCGAGUGUAAGCAAUGACUGGAUGACAAUGUUUGGGCCAUGACACUUUCAUUCUCUCGUGCUGGUAUUGGAGUACGUAAAAACAAGCUCUGAUUUCGAAAGCAA